UGAUUACAUACCAUUAGAUCAUCAAAAGCUUCAAAAUGACCAAUAUUGUUGGUCUGGUAUUGUUGGGUGCCUUUUUCGCUGGAAGCGCGAUUUGUGAAGUAAGUCAAUCGUUCAAUUCGGUUAAUAUUACAACCGUUGAUCCAGUUAGAUAUCACGCCCUCCAACUCUUCAACAAUGAUCAUCCCACUAGGAAACGAUUGGCUGUUAAAAAAUGUAACUCGUUCAACUUCAUAUAUCCGCUGAAAAUCUUCUCUACGGAAGAACCGUACUUUUGCGCGGCCGUUUUCGUCAGCCAAGAUUCGCUGCUAACUUCUGCUCUGUGUAUAAAAAUGAUGCAACACAAUGAGGAACAUCCUUCGAACCACAUGUUUGCCAUGAUCGAACGCGAAGAGGUGUUUUUCUACGAGCAUGGACGCCGCUACGUCAGCAAGGUAUUCCUCCAUCCAAAAUUUGAAGAGGAGCCUGCCUACUACAAUGUAGCCGUGGUCAAGCUGCGAAAUUCUGUUAGAUACGAUCGGGAUGCCACCGGCCGUAGCCACGUGGCAUGUCUGUACCCAGACAAGUAUUUCAAAAAUCCAAAUGCCGUGCUCGGAGAAUGGUUCGAAUUUCAACCGGAGCAAAAUCCAUCCUUCCGUUGGUUGGAUCUACCGUUCACCACCCGGAAGGAGUGCAACGCAGAGCUAGCCAAAAUGAAGCGACCGACUCCGGAGCUGACCAAAGGUCUCCUUGAUUCUCAGCUGUGCGUUCGAGAUUCUCAUAAUGCUUCUCUUACCCGAUUCUGCGAUCCUCGCUCGUCCGGACCGUUGUUGAUGACACUGGGAAGCACCGUUUAUGUGGUUGGUCUACCAACGGUGCACAUCGACGAUUGCACAGUGAACGUCGAGGUAUUCAAUCGUGUUUCCCACUUCCUUGAUUGGAUUGAAUCGGUGGUAUGGCCCGGACAGGAAUAGUACAAUGAUUGAUAUUCCUAAUUAAAAUAAAUAAAUGCUUUCACAUAAGCACACU